CCCUAUCGCUGUUUUGUCAGUUUGUGAAGUUGAGGAACUAAAUUCAGCUGAAGUCACCCAUCUGGUGAUUCGCCCUCAGAGUGCUGAAGUGUGUUAGAGGACAGUUGAUUCUUCAGGCCAAGACAAGUGACUAUCUCACUUCAAGGAAGCACAAUGGAGGCUGAUAUCUUUACGUACCACAAAGAGGAAGACAUCGUGGACACCCAGUCUUUCCAGGGAGAAAGGAGGAUAAUCAUCCAGCCAACGUCUUUAAAUGACCCCAAACUUGGAAGUUUAAAGCAGGUACUGGUUGACUGGAUCAACAGGACUCUGAAACCAGAGCAUAUAGUGGUCCAGAGUCUGGAGGAGGAUCUGUAUGAUGGACUGGUGCUUCAUCACCUGCUGUCCAAGUUUACUGGGGUGCACUUGCCUUUGGAGGAGAUGGCACUGACCACCACUGCUCAGACCCGCAAGUUGGAAGUGGUCCUAGAGGAGCUGGACAAGAGACUGAGCCUGCAGGACAGCAGCCGGAUUAAGUGGAACGUCAAACUCAUCCAAAACAAAGACCUUCUGGCCACUAUUCAUCUGCUGGUUUCCAUGGUGAGACGCUUCCAGCCUGAACUGGAUUUGCCACCGAAUGUGAAGAUUGAAGUUGUAGCUUUGGAAGUCAACAGAAGUGGAAUCAAGUCAGAUGUGCAGAUAGAGGUCCUUACAGAGGAAAGAAGUGACACAGGCUCAGACUCACUCAGCAGUACUGAAAGGGAAGAUCCCAUCGAGCAACUGCUGAAGCUUGAUGCUCACAAGGUCAACACAGUGAAGAAGGCCAUCUUACACUUUGUCAACCAGAAUAUGUCAUCCAUGGGUUUGCAGGUGGCUGAUCUGGACAAACAGUUUUCUGAUGGGGUGAUUCUGCUGUUGCUAAUCGGACAGUUGGAAGGCUUCUUCAUCCCACUCUGCGACUUCAACCUGACCCCCGUAAAUCCCUCUGAGAUGCUUCAUAACGUGACCUUAGCUUUGGACCUCCUGAAAGAUAUGGGCCUGUGUAUGUCUGGUGUCAACCCACAGGAUAUUGUGUCUCAGGAUGUUGCUGCCACCUUGAAGGUCCUGUACACCCUGUUCAAGAAGCACAAAGACAAAUGAAAGAGGGCAUGCACCUGAAGAGGAACACAGCAACCAGAAAUGCAGACAGAGCUGAAGACAGGUGAAGUCUACAGAGACUGUCUCUAAACUGCUGCAAAUACUAUAAAUGUAAUAAUUUAAAGGGUGAAGUUGACUGUUUUUAGAUAUUUUGCUUACAAAAUGCGUGAUCAAUGUGAGGGCCCAGUAAGACCAGGAUUUUUAACAGCAAAAUUUUGGAAAAACAUCAAUUCAUUUCAAAGUUAAUCCACAUACAGUAGUUAAUCAGCCAUCUCUGCUAGAGCUCAGAACUUUGACCUGUGAAUUUGCAUCAAUGGCAAUCAACAAACAGGUCUUUAAGGGUACAGAGAACCAAAACAUUCAAAACAGAGAAAACCUUCCUAUUAGUUGUGUUGCACCAUCCAACUUUUAUAUAACCUGCUCCAAAUAGCAGAAGUGAAUGGUAAAAAUCAGUCUCUUAAAUAAACCCUAUUAACAUUUUGUCUACUUAAUGAAUACAUUGGCCAGUCAAGCAAGCGUAUUCAUGAUCAGUUUACCAACCUGUUACUAAGUCACCAAACCUUCAUCGUCACAUGUUUUGUGAGAGCAGUUGGAUACAAGCAGGGAAAAUUUGCAGAGAGUCAAGUGAGCAACUAACCUAAUGGCUUUAACCCCAUCUGCUCCACUGAAGAUGCUCAGUGGUUAGACUGUGGUUGGACCGGGUAGCUUCCA